CACAAUAGAAACGAGCCCUCCGUGCAUUGUUGUUGGUGUGUUACUAGUAAUAUUAACCUAUCCGACUGUUGUGUGAGUGAUUGUGCGCGAGGAUCGUGCAAGGAUCGCCACGGCGCAAGACGGCAGGACCUCGCCACGUUGCGGCUUAAAAAGUGCGUACACUACACCGUAGUGGGGCAGAUAUAAGAGGUUCCGGUUGGACGACAAAACAGGAAAACGGAUUCCACCAAAAUGAGGAAAACCGACACACAAAUGAACGUGGCUGGCAUACGCCGAAACAUAAAGAAUAUCGCCCACAACUAUUCCGAUGCGCAGAUCAAGGUGCGGGAGGCUACCUCGAACGAUCCAUGGGGACCGUCGUCCACGAUCAUGGCGGAGGUCGCCGACCUGACGUACAACGUGGUGGCGUUCUCCGAGAUUAUGCAGAUGAUUUGGAAGCGGAUGAACGAUCACGGCAAAAACUGGAGGCAUGUCUACAAGGCACUGCUCCUCUUGGAAUACCUCAUCAAAACGGGCACCGAGAAGGUGGCCCAACAGUGCAAGGAAAACAUUUACGCCAUCCAAACGCUAAAAGAGUUCCAGUACAUGGAGGAGGGCAAGGACCAGGGCAUGCACGUGCGGGAGAAGGCCAAACAGCUCGUGUCGCUGCUGAAGGACGACGAGCGCCUGAAGAACGAGCGUGCCCGUGCCUUGAAGGCGAAGGAACGGUUCGCCCGGACGGCCAGCGGUUUCGGUAGUGAUGGUUCGAUCGAUGGUCCGACGCAGCGUGAUUCACGGCCACCGAACUGGGGUGAAGGUGAGCCAGUCGCGGGCGUAGGGCCCAGUGGCGCCGCCGGCAAACCGGUAUCGGAGAUUGAGUUCGUGCGACCGCAAACGGUCGGUGAAGAGGAACUGCAGCUCCAGCUGGCCAUGGCCAUGUCUCGCGAGGAGGCAGAACAGGAAGAACAGAAGCGACGCAGUGACGACGUGCGGUUGCAGUUGGCGCUCAGUCAGAGUGAACAGGACUUUAAAAAGGAUGGUGACCCAAAGCAGGAGAACAGCAGUGCACUCGUUGAUCUGCUGGACAUCUCGUUCGGAGCGGCAUCGCUCAGUAACCAGGCACUUGCGGGCCCAUCCGGUGCCACUGGUGGACCGAUCGAUCCGUGGGGUAUGCCAGUGGCCGGCGGUUCGAGACCUACGACUUUAGCAGUCCGAUCGCCGCACAUCGAAAGCGGAAGAGUGGUUGAGGCUAUGGCGACAACCGACCCAUGGUCCCGGACUUCAUCUCCACCGGCGGUAGAUCCAUGGCUGAACACGGCGUCCGCCCUGCCACCGGCGGCACCAUCGACCUCAAAACCUCCGCUGCUGGCCGGUGGUGGUGGUCUCGAUGCGUGGCAAACUCGAACUCAGUCGCCUUCGGUCACAUCCGGGUCGUCGGUCGAAGGAUGGUUGCAAAAUGGUGGACCCAGCGGUGCAGGCGCUCUACUGGCGAAUGGUGGGGCUGGGCCCAGCAACGGAAACGUUGAUCCGUGGUUGAGUAAAACAGGCGCUGUAGCGGCCAGUGCGCCUCCGAGUGCGCCGGGUGACCCGUGGCAAGGUAAUAAGAGAUCUACACCAGUGCCUGCUGCUGCUGCUGCUGCUACUGCCGAUCCGUGGCAGCCUAGUGCGGCCUCCGCGGGUAAGCUUGACCCGUGGGCUCCCGUUGCGGGAGGCUCCGCUAGCGGAAGCAUUGGUGACCUGGGAGCAGCCUUCGGUGGUGGUGUACCUCCGAAUCGGCCCUCCCCGGUCGGUGCGAUCACAUCGCCUGUGUCCGAUUUGGACGAGUUUGAUAUCAUCACGAAGCGGGCGGUCAGCAACAACAGUAGCAGUAGCACCAACAACAACUACAACCACAAUGCAGUGACCAGCAACAACCUGAACAACAACAGCUCCCUGCUCCUCGGCGAUUUGGAUCCACUGUCCUCAUCCGGCACGAACUCAAGCUCGCCCAUUGCCGGAGGCGGUAGUGCGGGAGCGGUGAAAAAGACGCCCCAGUCUUUCCUCGGUGAAAACUCAGCCCUCGUCAAUCUGGACAAUCUAAUCAAACCGAUGCCAAGUGGCGGUGGCCUCGGUGCGACGGCCCCCAGUGCUUCGGCUGCUGCCUACAAUCCGUUUGGUGAAUCGGGUACCGCGGGCCCGCCAGCGCAAAAGAACCUAUUCCAACAGAAUCAACCUCAGGUUCCGUCCAUCAAUCAGCUGAAACAGUCACCGUUCCCCGUGACGCUCAAUCAGGAUCCGUGGGCACCGGUUUCAAAUAUGGCCGCGGCGCAACAUGAUGUUGGCGACGACAUCGAAUGUUUCCCAUACGCGCCGUCGGGGGACGCUACGGAGCGGCCUCACGAGCUUGACGCUAAUGCCAAUCGCAAAAUUCAAUCGAUGGCUGCCGACGAAGCCACCACUGAGCCUAGUUGGAGGAAUCUUGACACUAUCGCCGAUUACGAGUACUCCACCCGUCGAGCCGAUGAAGACGACGAUAUUUUCAACACAAACUUCGCACUUUCUUCCGCGACCACAACGGAUAACGUUGGCGGUGGCGGGUUAGUUGAAAGCCAUUUGACGGCGGCGCAAUUGGACAGCACACGCCCGUUGCGCCAGCUUUAUGAUUUCCAUUUCGCAAUCGAUACCGAUAUGUACCCGGAGAUUCCGGCAAGAUCCGCGGCCGGUGGUCAAUUUGAUAUGCUGUCGAAUGCGGCUGACAGCACACCAGGGAGCAAUCAUAUUCAGAGCAACGCAAAUACGGCUUUUACGGCCACCGGUGCAUGUAAUGCUAACAGUAACGGAAAUUACGAUAAUACCCUCAACAAUAACAACAAUGCGCCCUGGAUGAAUCCUCAGUCAUCGAAUCCAUUCCUGUCCUAAGCCCUAGCGUGUAGCAGAGUGUACUGCAAGGCCGAAAGUUUCUUGUUUAUGGCACUGUGGUGCACACACCUCACUGGAACCGGCUUGAGCUUGACACACACGAAUACACACUGCAUUAGAGAGCGGCCGGAAUGGAGCGCCGGAAGCGUAGCCUAGAACUUGCGGCAAGGAUUUGGAAAGCGUAGCGCGCAUCAGAACAAACAAAAAGGCAAACCAUCAAAACAGGAAGAUGUAGGAAUAUUUCUAGAUAUUUGUGAAUCAUAAUCACGCGGUUACCUUUAAAACGCGGGAACCCGGGACGGAAAACCAUGGGAUCACAUGUGGCAAAUGGUGGCGGCCAUUGAAUCAGGGGGCUGCUCUACUUUAGUACGGCGAGUAAGAUCAACUUUUGAAUCGUUUACACACGCAGUGCAAUCAUCCGCGCGCAUCUGUUGGAUAUAAAUUGUAAAUCACGACACCGCUCGGGGCGAAACUCUACUAACUACCAAUUUGUACUACUAACAUAGCAACAACAGAAAAAAUCCCCGAAACCAAUGGGUAUGAAAAGGAACUUUGCAACCGGGAACCUAAAACAGUAAAUCUUCAAUCGAACAACAUGUGUAUCGCUCUUUAAGGCGAGCUGUGCGGCACAGGCGUCUCCAUUUCUCUACUCCUCGAUGCUGAACGAGUGAAAGUACUAUGUGUUGCCCGUGGCCUUUAUUUUCUCAAUGAUUUCAGCAUUCGCGAUGCACAUCUUGCUGUAUCCGAAUACGUUUGGUUCAGAUUAACCGCUGGAGUUUUAUUUCGCAAGUUCAUCGCAUGUUGUGUACCAACUUUUUGGGGAUAGGCCAGACUUUAGUUUGGCGGGACUAUUUUGCUGUUUUUUUCAACAAUGUGUAAGAAGGGCUAAUGAUAAUUUGCGACACAUGAUGAUGAAUCCUGCCACCCAAAGAAUGUUCCGAGCUGGAGUUGUCGAUCAAAAGAUCUAGAGACCGAGAGCAAAUGGGGGAAAACUAAACAUAUGGGACUGCUUGCAGCAAAAACUCGGAUCCACCGUUGGUGGGAUGAAUUUAAGAAAACAAUAUAUGCCUUAUCGUAGCGGGAGAAACUAUACUAGUAAGAGCUGACAAUGAUACUAAACUACUAAACGAUACCAAACUGAUUCGAAGGGGGGAACAUUCUCACCGAAGCAGGGUGUGUUUUGUUGCGCGCGGAACAGGAAAACGAGAAUAGGAUCGUUUGUGACACGAAAAAAGAACUGAUCACGUUCCUAGAUGUCACUGAACCACGCGAGAACGAGCUGGGUAGAUGGGUUUUUAAAGUUCUGUUUCACACCCAGAACUAGACUCUGCAGGUCCAGGUUUUUGGGUGUGUCGAACCUAAACAUGCUGGUUAAAGGGUUGGUCAAGUUUACUACAGUUUUGAUUGGAAACAUCCGACACAAACUUCGCAAGUGUGACACAUCAGAGAAGUGAUUUGUACUGUGAAAAGUGUGUGGCUAUUCUUGUGUAGCACAAUGUUCUGUUUAUUAGUGAAAAAUUGUGGCCGAGACGUAUUGCGUGCAGCCUUUUUCUGUUUGAUAGCUUCUCCGAAAUUAUGCAGGUCAUGAUUAGAGUUGAGUAACUAUAUCCGUUUAGUACCCAAUCCUAAACUGUAUUGUGUUUAUUGAGUAAUAUUAUUUCAUGAAGCAAAAAGGUGUUUCAACCCAGUUUUUUUGUGGUGUGGUCCUUCGUAUCUCCCGCUGUUUUCUACUCUGAUUCUGAUUGUAUUAUUUAUCGUAAGUACGCCAAAUCGUAAAAAAACAUUAUUUAAACAAUUGAACAUAAUUAAAUCACGAACGAUGACGAAAAGCUAGCAAACACGAGGGGGGUGAACGACCAUCAAACGGUCGCUAGUUCCCGACAGCGUUCUUGGCUUGGCUGCUGAGGGCAUCUAGGGAGACGACGAACGAAAAUAGCAAACUUCAUCCUUCUAAAGACGAUUCACGAAAUGUUUGUAUAGGAAAAUGAGAGGAAGCUAAGGAAAAAUGCAAAAAUUAACAAAAAUAUAUAUAUAUUGAGAAAAUGAAAUUAUUUAUAUUUUUAAAACUCUGAAUAAACCAACCAAUU